AUGAACUCCAGCAAACGCAUCGACAGCCUGAACGAGGCCUUCACCAAGAACUUCAUCACCUCUGCUCUCGGCUUCACCAUCCUCUGCAUCAAUGGAGCUUUCGUCUACACGUACUUCAAGAGCCAGGACUUCCAGCGAGACCCCAGGUACGUGCUGUACAUCCAUCUGGUGAUCAACGACAUGAUCAUGCUGAUGGUUUCUCUGGCGCUGCAGAUCUCCACCUACACCGUCAGCGUGGGGUUCAUCCCCUGCUGGAUCAUGUUGCUCGUCUUGUGUUUGUCUUCCUCCAGGAACACCCCUCUGAACCUGGCCGGCAUGGCAGCGGAGCGCUACAUCGCCGUCUGUCUGCCUCUCCAUCACAUCCACAUCUGCACGGUGCAGCGAGCCCACGCUCUCAUCGCACUCAUCUGGCUCGUGUCCUUCAUCCCCCCCCUGUCGGACAUCCUCAUCGUCCUCGCCACCCAGCCUCUGUCCGUCUUCUCCAGGCCGCUCCCCUGUUACCCCUCCUACGUCUUCAACACACCGCACCACCAGACCCUCAAUCUGGUUGUACAGGUGCUUCUGUUCUCCUUCGUCUUCCUCACUGUGGUCAUCACCUACCUCCAGGUCUUCGUCGCUGCCCGGGCGGUCUCCGGCGUGAACCGGGCCUCGGCCAGAAAUGCCCGCAACACCAUCCUGCUGCACGGGGUCCAGCUGCUCUUCUGCAUGCUGACCUUCAUCUCGCCCUUCAUCAACCGCUUCCUGCUCAUCGCGUGGCCCCAGAAGAGGACGGACAUCCUCUUCAGCAGCUUCAUCUUGACCAACAUGCUUCCACGUCUGCUCAGCCCGCUCAUCUACGGCGUCCGGGACAAGAAGUUCAGAGGAUACUUCCGGAUGCACUUCUGCUUCAAAUGCUGCAGGGUUGUGGAGAGGAGGAUGGGGGGGAAAGUGGGACCAAGGAGAAGGUCCAUACAGGCGAUACACUGA